AAAAAAAAUUUCCGUUUGAAACAUGUUCAGCGGUCAAUUUAUUAUUUAUGUCAUAAACCCGCAAAAUCACCGACCCUAUAAUCCCACUACUAUUUACCACUCACCUUUCUUUCGUUAUUUAAUUUAAUUUUAUUUUUAUUUUUAUUUUAAUCCCUAAACUUCUACGUCACUCCCAACGCCUCUUUCUCUCUCCUCUUCUGGUUAUGGCGACCAACAUUUUUCUUCCCCAAUUUCAAAUAUAACAAUUACCCUCAUCCAAUUUUCCCUUUUUUUCUUCUCUCUCCUACUUUCUCUCUUCUACUCUUUAGAUUCAUGAUUUUUCGAUUGAUUUUGGGAAGAAACUUGUGAAUUGCGAUUCUUCAUCACUGGAAGACAAAUGGGGGCUCCUCAGGCUGUCAGUGACCAUUAUAUGCCUAAAUCGUGUUUCAGUAAAAGAAUUUUGAAAGAAUGCACGAGUAGGAAAAGGGAAAACAUUGUCCUUAUUGAAGUUGGCACUGAUGAUAUUAGCGAAGUUAUCAUCCUCGACGACGUGCCUGAGUCUUUCCAUAAAAAAUUCAGGAAAAGACCAAAGCAUGUAAUUAGCAUCGAUGAUGAUGAUGAUGGUGGUGGUGCUGGUGGAAGCAGGGAUGGGGCUUGUCAUACACAUAGUGAUGCGACUUCAAGCAAUAGAUGCUUCCCAACAGAAGCAGCUGACCCUUCAACGAGUCAUUAUGUUAACGAGGAUGUUAAUGAAGGAAAUACUCCUCCUGUAAAGCUCUCUAAGUCCAAGCGAACUUACUCUGGAAAAAGUAUUCCUAGAAAUCGGUAUGGACUAGGUCCUGAUUCUGAAGGGGGCUGUUCAUCUGAAAGUGACUGCUCCGACUGUGAGUUGAUGGAAGGAUCUUCGAAUAAGCUUCGUGAACAGUGGGAGAAGGCCUUUUUAAGAAGAAGACGUAACGCUAGCCGUGCUCCUCCUAAUUUUGAAGAUGAAGCUGGUACUUCAGCACCCGCUCAUCCUGUUUAUGAUAGUGCUGACCCCCCAGGUCAGCAAAGCAAUGCAAGAAAUUGUUCUGUUAGUCAAGACGGUGAUGGUGUAUUUGCUGGUUCUUCCCAGAAAAUUUCCAACGAAAGUGAGUCUUCAGAGCAGGAUUAUCAUCCUAUGGAGAUGGAUGGACAAUUUCCUAGGACUCGUGUCGAUUGUAUUAAUUCUAGUUUUGAUGAUAUAGAAAGAGGUGGUGCUUUGACCCCUGAAAGUGCUGUUCACCAUACUGCUGAAAAUAGUACAGUUGAAACUCCAGAGUCUGUGAGUGGUUUUAUGUCUGCUAAUGGAAAAAAUGCUGAAGAUUUGAAGUUUACUGGGCUGGAUUGUGAUGGUAAUUUGACAAAUGAAGUGUUUAGCAAAGAGUAUUCUGCUGCUGUAACUAAGGGGCCCUCUCAAGAUGGUAUGGAUGAUCAUGUUGCUUUGUCUGAUGGACAAGGUGCAGAAAUCGUUUUUGUGCAAUCAGAUCACAAUGCUAGCUGUGGAAAUGAAGUAGUGUCUUCUUCUGACCAAAAUAACAUAAUUACUGAUAGACAGAAGAUCAAGGAGACUGAUGAGUACAAGCUUGCUAUGGCGGAAGAACUUGCAGCUAGGCAGCAGCAGUUGUUAAUUCAGGCUGAGGAAGCACGGAGGCUAAGGAACAGAAAAAAGGCAGAUAUGCGCAUAAUGAUAAAUGAAAGAAGACAAAAGCAGCGUGUGGAGGAAAUUCGGCAGAUACGUAGAAAGGAUGAGGAGAACUUGAACUUGAAAGAAAAACAUCGUGUGGAGAUAAAGAAGGAACUGCAUAGAAUUGAGGCUAUGUGCAGUGACAUGGCCUCACUGCUUCGGUGUUUAGGCAUCCAUGUUGGUGGUAGUCUGUACCCUUCUCCAAACGAGGUCCAAGCUGCGUAUAAACGAGCUUGUUUAAAAUUCCACCCGGAUAGGAUGUCAACAACUGACUUGCGACAGCAAGUUGAAGCUGAAGAAAAGUUCAAGCUGAUAUCUAACAUGAAGGAUAAAUUUUGGCAAAAUAGAUGACACAUAGCUUAGGCAACCUAGAAUAUAGGGGGAAAAAGAAUAGGAAAUGGGAUUAUCUGCGGUUAUUAUUCAAUCUUUGGUUUGCUAUUUAUUGAUAUUGGCUUGUCUUAGUUGUUGCCAUCAUUUUUUCAGGUCCUAAUGUCUAUCUGCCAUGUAUUUUUUCCCUGUAGAUCAAUACUUUGUUGCUUUCAUGGUAGGCUUGAAUGAAAAGCAGUAUAUGUAUAUAUAUAUAUAUAUAUAUAUAUAUUUUCCCAUUUUUUUCUUCUUCUUGUAAAGUUAAUACUUCCUCCAAUACCUCCAUUUUAUUAUAAUUGCAACACUUGAAUUGAUCACAUUAUUAAAUACUAGAGGAAGAGUGGAACAUAAAUAAAGUACUUCGUAUGAAGUAACAUUUAUCCUA